UUUCCUGGAAGAUGGAGCAAUGGCGGGCUGGGUUUCAAACAGGCAAGGCAAAAUAAAAUAAAGCUCAGCACCACUUUCAACAGCUUGGACCCUCAGGAUGGAAGGAACAUUUGACUCUGAAUGCAGUAAAAGGUGGCACUUGAAACAGGAAGCCAGCUGAGAUGCUGACCUCAGCUCAAGCUUUGGUGAUCAGAGAGACUACCUUUUCUGCUUUCUGUGGGCUUAACCUGGAUUGAUUGAGGACAUUAAUGAUGAAGCUGACCUGCAUGUUCUCCUUCAUCCUUCUGUUUGGAGCAGCUGGGCUUCUCGUGUUCAUCCACCUGCAGGACCCAGAAGAAGCCGUCCACCAGCAAACACCAGGAAUGAGAUAUGGCAAGGGAUCUCAGGAAGCUAAAAGAGAAGGCACAUCGAGCAACGAUCCAGGUGGGAAAAUGCAGGCGAAUGCAGAAGAAGACUUCCCAGUUGUAAACCAGAGGGCCUCGUUACGCCCCAUGCAAGAUGAGUCUAUGAAGCAUCGAAGCUCAGGCCAAACCCAGAAGGCUUUCGUGGAGAUUCAAGACCGACAGCAGAAAGGUUCAGCUGGUAAUUCUGCCAGGUCCCAUCAACGGAGAAGGAAAUUUGUCCUCAAAAGAAGCCCCAUCCGGAUUGCAGUUAAUGGCUCCUUCUUCAACCUGCCCAUCCUGAAAGCAGAGGAGAAAGAUGAUCUGAAGUGGAGAAGCCUCUACGAGAUCCAAAGAGAGAGAAAACGCAUCAUGAGAGACACAUGCUCCAAAUACAGGAGCAACAGCAAAGGAGUCAUCACACCUUACCAUGUUUCCAGGAUAUUCGUUGAAGAUAAAUAUCGCAUUUUAUAUUGUGAAGUUCCUAAAGCUGGUUGCUCCAACUGGAAGAGAGUGCUCAUGGUUCUUAAUGGACUAGCCUCCUCAGCCAGGGUUAUUCAGCACAAUACAGUACAUUACGGGAAUUAUCUGAAGAGGCUGGAUGGCUUUGAUCGCAAAGGUAUCAGCUACAGGCUCAAGACUUAUACUAAGAUGCUGUUUGUUCGCGAACCCUUUGAGAAGUUAGUGUCAGCAUUUCGAGACAAGUUUGAGCAUCCGAACAAUUAUUACCAUCCUGUUUUUGGUAGGUCCAUUAUUUCAAAGUAUCGCACCAACGCCACCAAGGAUGCUCUGAGGACGGGCUCUGGAGUCCAGUUCAAAGAGUUCAUUCAGUACCUUCUUGAUGUGCACCGGCCAGUCGGCAUGGACAUCCACUGGGAUCAUAUCAACAGACUCUGUAGUCCUUGCCUAGUAGACUAUGACUUUAUUGGAAAAUUCGAAACCAUGGAAGAAGAUGCCAACUUCUUCCUUCAUUCGAUAAAUGCCCCGCAGAAUUUGACUUUUCCUAGGUUUAAAGAUAGACAUUCCAAUGAAGAGAGAACAACCACUCAGAUUACACAACAAUAUUUUACGCAGCUGUCCCCUUCUCAAAGGCAGCGUAGCUAUGAUUUCUAUUACAUGGAUUAUCUAAUGUUUAAUUACUCAAAGCCUUUUGAAGACCUGUAUUAAGUGGGGGUGAGCGGAAUGCCAUUGGUUGCAGCCUUGUGGAGCUCCUCCUAUGCAACUUUGUGUAACCAACAUUUAUACUAAUACAUAAGCUGCAGGACUGAGCUUCAUUACACCAGAA